UGGGUCGAGAAGCCAUCGUUGGUCAGCAACCGUCGUCGCCAAGCAAGAAGUCACGACCAUUGUGGCAUUGUCCCGCGCUGAGCUGCAGAGGCAGUCCGAAGAGAUGCAGAGGAGGAGGUCUAUGUCCGCGAAGUACCACCGAAUCUUGCUUAUGUCUGCUGGCGCAACUAUCAAGGAAAUCACGUCUUCAUAUCACAAUUAGGUGAGUAUCAGCAAUGAUUCAGCAUACUUGCAACAGUCAUUCGAGCUCGCCAAGACGCAGGAUAUAUGACUGCUGUCCACCGGCACAUCCCGAUGAUCUGCGUGGGAUGAAGGGAAAGCAGACGCGACGCAUGACGAGCACAGACAUCUCCAGCUUCAGCUCUACUCCUGUCUAUGCACAAAGCAGCCAUGGAGAAGCUCAAUGUGACAGAACAGCCAGUGCCGAGGCCAAGCAGUGAUAAGAAAGUUGCUCGGCUUGCUGCCUUCGUCGCAGCGCUUGUGCUCAUCCUCCUCUACCUACCGCACUCCAGCGUCCCUGACCUCAAUCGAGGUUGUUUUCCCUGGCAAAAAAGCAAAACCGAUGGUCGAGUCUCCAUUGAGCAGUUGAAUGCCCUCGGAAGGUCAUUCGACCGAGACCACGGCAUCGCAGAAUCCUACUUCAUCGAGCACCCAUCCCAGGAAAUCCUCGCUGCGUCUCUCUUCGAGUAUACCAAAGUUCCCCAUCUUGCAGGUAAUCGCGAGCUCGCCGAGUACACGCGUGAUAAGUGGUUGUCCUUUGGCAUUCAGGAUGUCGAGAUUGUUGAGUAUGAAGUACUCCUCAACACACCCACGAACCGCUCAUUCAUUGAUUUCUAUCGUGGAGAAAUGCUUGACAAACCAACUUGGUCUGCCGCACUCAAGGAAGAUCAUCUAACGCAGGACCCCGGCUCAAGCCAGGAUAUCCCAUUCUUCCAUGGUUACAGCAAAAAUGGUACUGCAAAGGGGAACCUCGUCUACCUCAACUACGCUAGCCCACAAGAUUUCGCAGACGUCUUAGCAGCAGGCGUUGAUCUCAAGGGCAAAAUUGGCAUUGCUCGCUACGGUCACCUCUUCCGAGGUAUCAAAGUCGAGCUUGCUCAACGCCACAACAUGGCAGCCAUGUUGCUCUAUGAUGACCCUUCUGAAGACGGCAUUGUGACUGUAGCAAAUGGACACCUAGCGUAUCCGCUCGGUCCGGCACGCAACCCAUCCGCUGUUCAGCGCGGUAGUGUACAGUUCCUGUCAUUGCUGCCAGGUGACCCAACGACACCGGGGUAUGCCUCCAAGCCCGGCUGUGAACGUCAACCAGCCAAUUUCUCAACACCUUCUAUUCCUUCAUUGCCUAUUAGCGGACGCGAUGCCAAGUACCUUCUCAGUACACUAAAUGGCUUCGGUCCCACCAUCAAAGGUUUCAGAGGCGCCUUCCCCGAUAUCGAAUACACCGUCGGUGGCGGCCCGGGCAUCGUAUCCCUUGCUAAUGUUGUGGAGUAUGAUUAUUCACCCAUCUACAACGUGAUUGCCAAGAUUCCAGGCCAUUUCGAGGAUCAAGUGAUCUUGGGCAAUCAUCGCGAUGCAUGGGUUCGAGGGGCUGCAGACCCUAGUAGUGGUUCUGCUGCACUCGAUUCGAUUGUCGAGACGUUUGCAACGUUGUCGCAAUCAGAUUAUACACCACUGCGUACACUUGUCUUUGCGUCUUGGGAUGCGGAAGAGUAUGGCUUGGUUGGAUCAACUGAAUGGGUCGAGGAGUUUGCUGAAUCACUGAAAACGAAGGCAGCCGUUUAUCUCAACGUCGACGUCGCGUCAUCUGGUCAAGCCUUCCACUGUUCUGCCUCGCCGUUGCUUCACUCUGCCAUUCGACAAGUCACUCAAGCAGUGCCUGCACUAUCCGGUGGACUAGGUCUUCCUGGCGUACCACCAAAAAGGACACUCGCAGACGAAUGGUCAGGUCACAUCUCAACACUCGGUAGUGGCUCAGACUACACUGCCUUUCAAGAUUUCCUCGGUGUCAGCUCGUCUGACUUUGGAUUCGGCGGCUCGAACAAGGGUUCGGCCGUGUAUCACUAUCAUAGCCAGUAUGAUUCUUACCACUGGCUCACUCAAUUUGGUGAUGAGAAACUCAAGGGACUUCAAGCGAGUGCGCGCGUUUGGGGAUUAUUGGCAUACAGACUUCUUGAAAGUCCUGUGAUCAGCUUGAAUGCGACCCUGUAUGGCGAGGAAGUACGGAGGUAUGUCGAUGAGCUACCCAAAGACGUUACAAAGCAUCACAAGAAAGCCGUCAAGAAACUCGCCAAGACCGCCAAGAAGAUUGAGAAGCGUGGAAUUCAACUGGAUGCGCGUGCUCGAAAGGCAAAUGCUCGCGUCAAGGACUGGUCGCGCUUAUCCAAUGCACAGAAGAUGGCAUUACUCAGGGAGAUUGCAGAGCUCAAUACUGCUUACAAGCAAAUGGAGCGAGCCUUUGUCGAUGAGCAUGGAUUGAAGGAUCGUCCAUUCUUUAAGCAUGUGCUGUACUCACCGGGUAGAUGGACUGGCUACGCUGGCGUUGUCUUUGGGUCUAUUCGAGAGGCAACACCCAAGGAUUUAGGAAAAGCUUACAAACGCCUCAUCAAGGUGCUCAAACAGGUUGGCAAAGAGUAAACCUUGUAAAUAUCCAAAAGGAGACCUGGCCUACCUAGCUACGAAUUGACAUUUCCCGUAGUGUGUAGUCAACCAGAUAACUCUCCGACAAUAGCUCAUUCAUACGCUGAUAAUGCCGCUCGCCGUACGCAACCAAAGGAUCUAAUAUGCCCUUGAGGUUCUCAAGCGACAGCAAGACAUCAGUCGGGUAUGAUUUGACCACAACAUGCAAAAUAUGCUGAGCAACUGGCGCCGUCUUGGCAUUCGCAUUCCAGUCUCGUACACGAAGCAAAAGGC